AUGGGGAGCGGAAUUAGCUCAGAGAGUAAGGAGUCGGCCAAAAGAUCAAAGGAACUGGAGAAAAAGCUUCAGGAAGAUGCUGAGCGAGAUGCAAGAACUGUAAAGUUGCUAUUAUUAGGAGCAGGAGAAUCUGGAAAAAGUACUAUUGUUAAACAAAUGAAGAUCAUCCAUAAAAAUGGCUACAGUGAGCAAGAAUGCAUGGAAUUUAAAGCUGUCAUUUACAGUAAUACGCUGCAAUCCAUCCUAUCCAUUGUGAAAGCCAUGACUACUCUGGAGAUUGAUUAUGUAAAUCCCAGAAGUGCAGAAGACCAACUACAACUUUGUGCCAUGGCAAAUACCUUGGAAGAUGGCGGCAUGACACCCAAAUUGGCUGAGGUAAUAAAACGUCUGUGGAGAGAUCCAGGAAUCCAGGCCUGCUUUGAAAGGGCAUCUGAAUAUCAGCUCAAUGACUCAGCAGCUUACUACCUUAAUGAUUUAGACAGAAUAACAGCUCCUGAGUAUGUUCCAAAUGAGCAAGAUGUUCUACAUUCUCGAGUGAAAACGACGGGAAUCAUUGAAACUCAAUUCUCCUUUAAAGACUUGCAGUUCAGGAUGUUUGAUGUAGGUGGACAGCGAUCAGAGAGAAAGAAAUGGAUUCACUGCUUUGAAGGCGUGACGUGCAUUAUAUUUUGCGCUGCACUCAGUGCCUAUGAUAUGGUCCUGGUAGAAGAUGAGGAAGUGAACAGAAUGCAUGAGAGCCUUCACCUGUUCAACAGUAUCUGUAAUCACAAGUAUUUUGCAACCACCUCUAUUGUCCUAUUUCUCAAUAAGAAGGAUCUGUUUCAAGAAAAAGUAACAAAGGUGCAUCUUAGUAUCUGUUUUCCAGAGUACACUGGGCCAAAUACAUUUGAAGAUGCAGGGAACUACAUCAAGAACCAGUUUCUAGACCUGAAUUUAAAAAAAGAAGACAAGGAAAUUUAUUCCCAUAUGACCUGUGCCACAGACACCCAAAAUGUCAAGUUUGUGUUUGAUGCGGUUACAGAUAUAAUAAUCAAAGAAAAUCUGAAAGACUGUGGACUUUUUUAAUUAAUUCUUUUCAUUUCUGCACUUGCUUGUAU